AUGAUGUUCUUCGUCUCCCUCAUUACCCUCAUCUUGGCCGUAUCAGCCAUCUCUAUCCUUGAACCCCGCCAAUCGUGCUCAAAAGCCCUGGCCGACGAAUACAUCUUCACCCUCACCCUCUCCGCCUUCCUCCUCGUCCGCGCCUCCCAAACCCCCUCCUGCUUCGACUGGACCUCCAACAACUGCACCGUGGCCCCCGACAACCCGUUCGGCUACCCGUUCAAGCACGCCUGCCAGCGCCAUGACUUCGGAUACCGCAACUACAAGAAGCUCGACGUCUUCACGGAGCCGAAUCGGCUGAGGCUCGAUGACAAGUUCAAGGAGGAUUUGUAUGAUAUUUGUGGGGACGACGCGGGUUGUACGGGGUUGGCGGACGUCUACUACGGGGCGGUUAGGGUGUGUGGGGAUGGGAAUUGCUUUGAUAUAGAAGAUGAAGCGGUAUAAUGAGGCUGCUGCGAUUUCAUUAUCAACCAGAGGAUUCAUUUUGAAAGAUGACGAGCACUACUGUAUUAACCAGUCUGCUGAAUCUUUUGACUCCGAUGUUUGGCAGAUCCCCAAAUACUAGGAAGCACGGUCAGUAAUCGAAAAGGGGGAGGGGCACGAGAGGCCUAUCCACGCACUUAAAGUUGCC